UUUGUCCAUUACCAAAGACUUAUAUCCAUCCAUUACCUUUUUAUUAUCCAAAUAAAGGAGCUCGGUGCUGAUGCAUACAUAGGCCAGCACAUCAUGGCUCGCGAUUUUGUGAAAGUCGCCAAGUCUGCAUCAAAUGUGAUUGCUGUUCAGAAGAAAUAUACUGUCCAGUCUACCGGUAUCUGGGAACGCCUCCGCCGCCUUCUUUCCAUCGACCCGAAUCGCUCGACUGGUGUUCCUUUAAACUCUCAAUAUCGUUUACCAACUCCAGGAGCUCUACCACCUCUGUCCUACGAUGACCCUGUCUCAAUUCCUGCGGGGGAUAUUGCCGAUAACCCCUAUUGGAAACGUGACGUUCGGAGGAACUAUCCUAGACUCAGUGCUGUCAACCAGGCAGACACUGUUAGUCUUCUCACUGUAGGCAGCCAGGCAGCACCUAAAGAUGAUGUCCUACAGAUUGGCAAAGCUGGGCAAAUUCAACUAGCUCUGGUUAAAGAACAGGGAGAGGAGCGUGGUCUUGCUAGCCUUUUUGAGAAGGACAAGAACGGAUUUCAAGGAGUCUUGGGCUCGGAUGGUUUGCCGCCAUUGCCAUGCAAUCUGAACCCUUCUGGCACUAAAUAUCAACUCGGCCAUGAGCAUGGCUACCCUGAUGUUUAUCCUUGCCGCACAUUCAUUUAAAUGCGCAACUUGGUAAAGCCCAUAGUAAUGUUGAGGAUUGUCUUUGUUUGUCCCAGUUUGGAUGUUUCACUUAUGUCCAAUGUCAUGCAUUGAGGUGGGAGGAAAGAGCACAGCCGCGACUCUUGAUAAGCUUGUAUGUGAAUGUACAGACAUGGAAGACUUUGAAUUGACCUCAAAUCGCCGAUCUAUCUGAUCCAUCAAUAUGAUGGACGGAAUGAUAUACCGGCUACACUGGCUAUGAUCUUGGAAUUCCCAUUAUAGCCGACACUGGGCGCUAAGCCUGUCUGGUUGAACAAUAAGGUUUGAUGGGAUAUCUGUAGAGCCAAGUUAAUGAUUAACUACUAAACAAGAGUAUAAAUAUCCUGCUAAUUUAUAGUGCUGCAUGUUUGCCCCUAGGAAGCGCU